CCCAAAAAGGGAACCAGAUUUUAUCUUGGACGUUUACCCUACCAUGUCAGAGAGAAGGAUGUUGAAAGAUUUUUCAAAGGAUAUGGAAAACUGAGAGACAUUAUGUUGAAGAAUGGAUAUGGAUUUGUGGAGUUUGAUGACUACAGAGAUGCUGAUGAUGCAGUAUAUGAAUUGAAUGGAAAAGAUAUGUGUGGAGAGAGGGUUAGUGUUGAGCAUGCAAGAGGAACUCCAAGAGGGUCAGACAGAUAUUAUGAUAGUAGUUUUGACAGAUUUCCUCCUCGUCGUGGAGGUGGGGGAGGUGGUCCCAGGAGAAGUAGUGCCAGGGACAAGUAUGGUCCACCAACUCGUACUGAUAACAGAUUGAUUGUUGAAAAUUUGUCAUCUAGGGUUAGCUGGCAGGAUCUUAAAGACUAUAUGAGGCAGGCAGGUGAGGUGACAUAUGCUGAUGCUCACAGGGACAGAAAAAAUGAAGGAGUUGUUGAGUUCCAGUCUUACAGUGACAUGAAGAGGGCUAUUGAUAAACUGGAUGGCACAGAGAUUAAUGGAAGAAAAAUCAAACUGAUAGAAGAUAAACCCAAAAAACGCAGGAGGUCAACAAGGUCACGUUCUGACAGCAGAAGUCGCAGCAGGUCACGAUCCAGACGCAGGAGAACUAGGUCCAGGUCUCGCUCUAAAUCUAGGUCAAGGUCAAAGUCCAGAUCUCACAGCAAAAGCAGAAGUAAGAGUAGAUCAAAGAGCAGGUCAAAAAGCAAAUCUAAAUCUCGUUCAAGAUCUAGGUCAAGGUCUAAGAGUGCAGACAGGGAACCAGCGAAAUCUAGGUCAAGGUCUAGAUCAAGAUCUCGGUCAAAAUCUCCAGGACAAGAAGAUGAUAAGAACGAUGAAUAACUUAUUAUCAAACUUACAGUGCAUACAUCGUGUAUCAUAGUCAUAAUAAAAAGUUUUUGUUGUACGAGAUACUGAUUUAUGGUAUGAAUUAAUUAUAUUCUGUUCGUUUUAAACCUGCAAAACAAAAAUUAAUACAAUGAUUAUCAAACACAGUAUGGGGAGGGGGGGUCAUAAAAACUGAUAGAUCCAAACAUUAUCAGGUAAUGAUGUGUAUAUAAUACUGUAUCAGGUACUUUUAUCUAGCUGUUAAAAUUGAUAUUGGAGGGCUUUUCUGUUUUUGACAAAGGUAUUGAAGGACUUGCUGCAAGAUUGAAAGUAAUUUUUCUCUUUGACAGAGAAAUGAAGCUAUGUGCUUGGUGAAUUUGACACAUUAUAAAGUUGCACGAUAUGAAAUAGAAGUUGUGAUAAAAAGGUGUAUUUUUGUAUCAAAAGCUAGUCUUCUGAUGUGUGUGUAUAUUUGUGAAUAUGAUUUUAAUAUUGAUAAAUUGUAGUUCUUUUGUACUGGUCUAAGUUGUUCUAUCUUAUAAAAUAUUUAGCAUUUAUUUUCAGUAAUAAAUUAAGUAGAAAAAGAGGAUAUUUCUUGAUGACUUGAAAACAUGUUGACAUUAGUCAUAAUUAAAAUAUAAUAAGAAUUUGUCUUCAUGUAUAUGUAUGCAUUCAUUUCAGUCAUUUGUAUAUAAUAUUCAAUUUCACUAUUGUAUAUAUUGUAAAUAUCACAUGGAGAAAAUAUUGUGAAUUUCAAACAGCAAAAUAAAUAAUAAAAAUCUA